AAUUCAUUGCCUCAAUUGUUGCUAAUAUACGUUUUGAAACAUAAAUACAGUCACAAGGAAGCAUUUUUCCAAAGUUAUUUAGAUGUAUUCCUUUGAGUUUGUUUCAUUAUUUGCUCUUAUCGCAGUUGCGCUAUCAAUGUCGGCAAUCGUUUCGGCAACCAACUUGCCUAAUUGUACAUUCUUUACUGGCUCGUGGCAGCGUGAUUCCAUACAUUGGAGUUUGACAACACCCCCAAAGGAUACACAUCGUAUGCAAAUUGCAGAAUUGUAUACUCCUAAAGAGGGUUCCAAACCUUUUUACAUUGCUUUAAGAUUGAAACUUCGUAAGGGACUACAUCAUCAUUUUGGUACCUUUUCAACCUCAAGACCACUAUUUGCGCUGUGCCCUCUCUCUAUCGAAUGCCCUUCGGAGACAAGUAAGGACCUAAUAUCACUUUUUGAUCAAGGCAAACUCAUUCGCAUAUUCUCAUCAACAACAAACAAGCUUCAGCUAUUGUAUGGCUGUUAUUCACAAAACCAUUACAAGGUCUACCGCCGUAUAUACGAGUUCACUGGUCAGGUUUUGUUACCUGUAUCUUUUAAUGACACUUCGGUUCUACUGCAAGCUCACGCCAGGGAAAUGGAUUGCGUAGCUAUUGCUUCCAGUGAUGACUCCAACUCAGCAUUGAUGCUCAUUCAGACCCUACGAAGUUCUAAGAUGGUGCGAAUCUCCCAGAAAGGCAUAACGACAGAGGUGGACGUGCAAUCGUUGGUCCUGUUUGGGGGUCCAGAGAAACGCUUCGAGGCAAAACAUCUAUGUUAUAACAGCCACAAUGGUCUUGCGGUUGGUAGCCUUAUAUGGCAGGAUACAUUUAAAGGAAUAGCUGUAUUGCAGUUAUUCAAAUUAAAUGAUGGUGUCUUUCCCACUACAACACUAUUUUACGAGCUUGACACCACCUCCUACGCUGACAGCGAUGCUUCAUUGGUGUCAUCCUGUGGGUCGGUGCAGAGACUAUCUUUCGAAGGCUGCAGACUUAUUCCGAUAUUUGACGAUGAUGAUGCUCCCCUGGCAAUUGAGAUUGACGUUUCCGUCCACACCCCGGCAGCGGGUGGUCCUACUUCAGCGUCCGGGACGACGUGGCAGUACUGUAGGGGCGCAUCCUAUCGCGCGGUUAUCAGCUUACAAAAGCAUGCUCGCGCGGAUCCUAAAGGUGGCGAUGACGUAGUUGAAGUUUCAUCCUUUGAGAAAAUUAAGACCCCCCGGAAAGAGAUGCACGCGUCGGACGAAGGGAUUGGGGCGACAGAAUGGGUGAACGUUCAUCAGCCUUUUGCUUCAACUCUUGAGUCUUUCUCAUCAACACCGCUAGGCUUACGCAAAUUAUCGAAAAGCUGCAGAGAUCAUAUGACGCGGUGGUGGGAGCUUCCCAAUAACCUCACGACUUGGUGUUGUGUGCAUCUAAGCUUCACUUACCUUGAUGCAUGUUACCUAUAUACAGGUAUUUUAUUCUUUGUUUUAGGCUACAAAGUACUUAAUCUUUUCUAUUUUUCCUAUUAA